AUGCCGAACAACAGCCACAGAGGCUGUAGCAGUAGCGACGACGGCAGCGUGGUGCAUCAUCACCACCACAAGGGUCGCAUGAGAGGUGCCAGCAUAAUAGCCUCAACCAAGAGAACCGGCACCAUGAGACUCGGUCCGACGAUGAACUCAAAGACCACCACGACGACCACGAGAGCACCGCGAGUACCACCAACACAAAGCAGCUCCACAAACGGCCACAGCAACGCCUUCAGCAAGGACCAAGACCAGAACAGGCUCGACCAGACUCCAGGCCAUAACAACCAAGACCAGGAGAGCCAGAUCCACGAGAGCCAGAAGCGUGAGAGCCAUAGCCAAGUGCCAGAACCACUAGUGCCAGAACCACGAAGGGUGAGGCCACAAGAAGCAAGACCACGAGGACUCGUGGAUGACCAUAACACCACCGAGACCACCAAGUACAGUGAGACCACCAGCACCGCGGAAACCACCGAAACGGCGAGAAACGUCCACACCGCGAAGACGGCGAAGAGACGACCUGAAGAGUGGCGUGCGAUGCUUGUCUCGAUGCCAACGACAGUGACAACGGUGACGAUGAUGACGACUGUCAGAUUUGUGACGACAUUGGGCAAGUGGACGAGACCGACGAAGGCGACGAGAGCGACGGCGAUGAUGUGCGGACCAUGA